AUGGCCGAACCAAGUGCAAUGAACUCCAGCAGUGGUGCAAACGAUGGAGAAACGAUAGUUAAUGAUCAAAUUAAGCAAGAAGUAGAAGUAGCGGUUAAACGAGAGCCUGUCGAGUGUUUAGUGUGCGUUGAUCGCAGUCCAGAUUGCUAUGACAUUCAUAAUACAAAAACUUUGGCAUCAGGCAUGUCGAUUCAUGAUGUUCUUUGCAAAGUUUCGCAUUUUAAUUUACCUAUCAGCGAGAACUCUCCAAAAUAUGUGUGUAAGGCUUGCUAUGACUUGGUUAAUGAACUUGAACGUGCCGAGAUAGAAUAUAAAAAGUUAAAAGAGACUUUCGAAACUAUUAUAAGUAAGAAUCCAUUCUUUGAAUCUCGAGCACCCACUCCAACACCUUGUACAGUGAAAAAUGAAAUGUUUGAAGUGUACAACGAAUUUUGUAAAAGUGAUAAUAAUGACUCUGAAGAUGAACCAUUGGCACUUACUAAAAACAAGCGUGUACGCAAAGUGGAUAAGCGGAAAAAGAAAUCAAGUAUUGACAGUAAACGGAAGCCUCGCCAAAAGAGCAGUAGAGAUAGUUGGGAAUGUAAAAUAUGUGGUAUUGUGGAAGAUAGUGGAGGGACAGAAGCACUGGAGGCACACAUACUAGCUGCUCAUAACACCAAUAAAGUUGAUACAGAGAUAAAAGAUGUCAAGAAGGAGGAAGCAGCUGAUGAUUUUCAGCAAACCAGUGUUACAAUAGAGGCAGAUUUUAAAUUGUCUAUUGAGGAAUUUGAUGAUGACGAUGACAGCCCCAACUUUGUGCCUGAAGAACUUCAUAACGGCAAACAAAACAGAGGCAGCAAAUCAAAAUUAAGUAUAAAAACUACAGGGCCGAAAAAAAGAAGGAAAAGAGAGGACAAAGUGUUGCAUCAGUGCGAUCAGUGUGAUGCAAAAUACACAUCCCUCGUGCGAUUGGAGCAGCACAAGCAAAAGCAUGACGACUCUAAACCGCCGUACAUCUGCGAGGUGUGCGGUGCCCACUACAAACACAAACGCGCGUGUGACAUACAUGUCGCCUUACAUAAAGGUAUAAGUGAUUGGAAAUGUGAAGAGUGCAAUAAACUGUUCCCAUCUAAGGGAGCCUUGCAAAGGCACAACAACAUCCACACGGGUAAACUCAAUUAUCAGUGCGACCUGUGCGGCAAGUCGUUCAUCCACACGUCGUCGUUCAAGAUGCACAAACUGUCGCACACGGGCGUGAAGUCGCACGCGUGCGACGUGUGCGGGCUGGCGCUCAUGACGCGCUCGCACCUCAAGCGCCACAAGCGCAUCCACAGCGGCGAGAAGCGCCACGAGUGCACCGUCUGCGGCAAACGCUUCUCCGAGCGGUACAACCUGCUGGCGCACAGCAAGUCGCACGAGGCGGCGGGCGCGGCGGGCGGGGCGGCGGGGGCGGGCGGGGCGGGCGCCGCCCCCGUGCGCCGCAUGCACUUCCGCUGCACCUACUGCUUCGACCGCUUCGACCGCAGGUACAUGUUGGAGCGGCACUGUACGACGGUGCAUGGACGCACGUUGGAGCGGCCGCCGCCCACACCGCGCAACACCAUGAGCAAGCUGCUCAAGGCACAGGCUGCUGCGCGCCGCACGCAAGAAGCGGAAUCCAAAGAUGAACAGAGUUCGGAGUCACGAUCUUCUCCUCCCAUCUCUCAAAUACUCCUCGCGCAGCUGACGACAUCUGGCGCUGUGUCGGGUGUGACGACCUGGAACGCGCAAUCAGUGCCGCGCACUUUCCACUGA